GGAGGGCAGCACGCAAGAAACCGGAAGUGCCGGAGCCGCCGCCGCCGCCGUCUUUAAGUGCAGUGUUCACCCCUUCGGUUACUGCGGGCGCCGUCGCCAAGGAAGCCGCUGCAGCCGGGUCUGGAGUGGAGGCGGCGCGGCAUGAAGCGGCGCAGGCCCGCUCCUUAGCGCGCGUCAGGACGGUCCGGGCGGGGCCGGGGAGGGGGGAAGGUGCAGUAUCCGCCCUCUCUCCUUCCCCUUCGCCCGCGAGGCCUGCGCCCCUGCCCACUCGGGCCUCUCCGCCUCUCGGAGGAGCUGCCCGGCGCAUUCUCCCGGAUUGGAUGGUGAGAAAAGGAAAGACUCCUGUGAGAAGAGAACAGGAUGAGCAGAGGGAUCUAUGCUUGAAGUUGAGUCACUUGAAAAAGAUCUCUUUGAAUGUGGAAGAGAUCUGAACAGAUGAAAAUACAAUCAGGAAAAUGCAACAUGGCAGCAGCGAUGGAAACAGAACAGCUGGGUGUUGAGAUCUUUGAAACCGCAGAGUGUGAGGAGAAUAUUGAAUCACAGGAUCGGCCUAAAUUGGAGCCAUUUUAUGUCGAGCGAUAUUCCUGGAGUCAGCUUAAAAAGCUGCUUGCUGAUACCAGAAAAUAUCAUGGCUACAUGAUGGCUAAGGCACCACAUGAUUUUAUGUUUGUGAAGAGGAAUGACCCAGAUGGGCCUCAUUCGGACAGGAUCUAUUACCUUGCUAUGUCUGGUGAGAACAGAGAAAAUACACUGUUUUAUUCUGAAAUUCCCAAAACCAUCAACAGAGCAGCAGUCUUAAUGCUCUCUUGGAAGCCUCUUUUGGAUCUUUUUCAGGCAACACUGGACUAUGGAAUGUAUUCUCGAGAAGAAGAACUAUUACGGGAAAGAAAACGCAUUGGAACAGUUGGAAUUGCUUCUUAUGAUUAUCACCAAGGAAGUGGAACAUUUCUAUUUCAAGCUGGUAGUGGAAUUUACCAUGUAAAAGAUGGAGGGCCACAAGGAUUUACUCAACAACCCUUACGGCCCAAUUUAGUGGAGACUAGUUGUCCCAACAUUCGGAUGGAUCCAAAACUAUGCCCAGCUGAUCCAGACUGGAUUGCUUUUAUACAUAGCAAUGAUAUUUGGAUAUCAAACAUUGUAACGAGAGAAGAAAGGAGGCUCACUUAUGUGCACAAUGAGCUAGCCAACAUGGAGGAGGAUCCCAGAUCAGCCGGAGUUGCUACCUUUGUUCUUCAAGAAGAAUUUGAUAGAUACUCUGGUUAUUGGUGGUGUCCAGAAGCUGAAACAACUCCCAGUGGCAGUAAAAUUCUUAGAAUUCUAUAUGAAGAAAAUGAUGAAUCUGAGGUGGAAAUUAUUCAUGUUACAUCCCCCAUGUUGGAAACAAGGAGAGCAGAUUCAUUCCGUUAUCCUAAAACAGGCACAGCAAAUCCAAAAGUCACUUUUAAGAUGUCAGAAAUACUGAUUGAUGCUGAAGGAAGGAUUAUAGAUGUCAUAGAUAAGGAACUAAUUCAACCUUUUGAGAUUCUGUUUGAAGGAGUUGAAUAUAUUGCCAGAGCUGGAUGGACUCCAGAGGGAAAAUAUGCGUGGGCCAUCCUACUAGAUCGCUCUCAAACUCGCCUACAGAUAGUGUUGAUCUCACCUGAAUUAUUUAUCCCAGUAGAAGAUGAUGCCAUGGAAAGACAGAGAUUCAUCGAGUCAGUGCCUGACUCUGUGACACCACUGAUUAUCUAUGAAGAAACAACAGACAUCUGGAUAAAUAUCCAUGACAUCUUUCAUGUUUUUCCCCAAAGUCAUGAAGAUGAAAUUGAAUUUAUUUUUGCCUCUGAAUGCAAAACAGGUUUCCGUCAUUUAUAUAAAAUCACAUCCAUUUUAAAGGAGAGCAAAUAUAAACGAUCCAGUGGUGGGCUGCCUGCCCCAAGUGAUUUCAAGUGUCCUAUCAAAGAGGAAAUAGCAAUUACCAGUGGUGAAUGGGAAGUUCUUGGCCGGCAUGGAUCUAAUAUCCAGGUUGACGAAGUCAGAAAGCUGGUAUAUUUUGAAGGCACCAAAGACUCUCCUUUAGAACAUCACCUGUAUGUGGUCAGUUAUGUAAAUCCUGGAGAGGUGACGAGGCUGACUGACCGUGGUUAUUCGCAUUCUUGCUGCAUCAGCCGGCAUUGUGACUUCUUUAUAAGUAAAUAUAGUAACCAGAAGAAUCCACACUGUGUGUCCCUUUACAAGCUGGCAAGUCCUGACGGUGACCCAACCUGCAAAACAAAAGAAUUCUGGGCCACUAUCUUGGAUUCAGCAGGUCCUCUUCCUGACUAUACCCCUCCAGAAAUUUUUUCUUUUGAAAGCACUACUGGAUUUACAUUGUAUGGGAUGCUGUACAAACCUCAUGAUCUACAACCUGGAAAGAAAUACCCCACUGUGCUGUUUAUAUAUGGUGGUCCUCAGGUGCAGUUGGUGAAUAAUCGGUUUAAAGGAGUGAAGUACUUCCGACUGAACACCCUGGCCUCUCUGGGCUAUGUGGUUGUGGUGAUAGACAACAGGGGGUCCUGUCACCGAGGGCUUAAAUUUGAAGGCGCCUUUAAGUAUAAAAUGGGUCAAAUAGAAAUUGACGAUCAAGUGGAAGGACUCCAGUAUCUUGCCUCUCAAUAUGAUUUCAUUGACUUAGAUCGUGUGGGCAUCCAUGGCUGGUCCUAUGGAGGAUACCUGUCCCUAAUGGCGUUAAUGCAGAGGUCAGAUAUCUUCAGGGUUGCUAUUGCUGGGGCCCCAGUCACUCUGUGGAUCUUCUAUGAUACAGGCUACACGGAACGUUAUAUGGGUCACCCUGACCAGAAUGAACAGGGCUAUUACUUAGGAUCUGUGGCCAUGCAAGCAGAAAAAUUCCCCUCUGAACCAAAUCGUUUACUACUCUUACAUGGGUUCUUGGAUGAGAAUGUUCAUUUUGCACACACCAGUAUAUUACUGAGUUUUUUAGUGAGGGCUGGAAAGCCAUAUGAUUUACAGAUCUAUCCUCAGGAGAGACACAGCAUAAGGGUUCCUGAAUCUGGAGAACAUUAUGAACUGCAUCUUUUGCACUACCUUCAAGAAAACCUUGGAUCACGUAUUGCUGCUCUGAAAGUGAUAUAAUUUUGACCUGUGUAGAACUCUGGUAUACACUGGCUGUUUAACCAAAUGAGGAAGUUUAAAUUUAAUCAAUAGAGAAUUGAUCAUCACAUUUUGGUACUUGCCACAUAACAUCUACUUCUGAAAGUAUAUCUGGUGCCAUGCAGGUGUUUACAGCUUGUGGGUAGUAAUCUAAUACCUUAACCAUACACACACACAAUUGAAUGACACAUGUUUCUACGGGACCCAGCAAUACCUUGAGAAUCACUGAAAGAAAUAAGACAUUAGCACCAUGUAUUCAUGCUACCUUAUUUUCAUUUUUAAUAACAUUAUGAAACCUCAUGGACUUAGUGUAUUUUUACAGUAUACUUCUGAGUUUGUUAAAAUAUGAUGAUAUUAGUGAUUGGCUUGGUUCAAUUCCAGAAUCUCUGACUAGUUACAGAUUUGAUAGCACUUAAAUGUAAUUGAAUAGCUUCUGCUUCAUUGCUUGGGGUGUAUCCAGCAUGUUAUAAACUAAUCACUAUUAAACCUAUGACUUAACCAAUCAUUAAUGAUUGUUCAAGGUUAAGUUAGUGGCCUCCUAAAGACACUUACUUUGUUUCAUUCAAACUCUGACCAGUUUUUAGCCAAUUUAAAUUGUAUCUAGUAUAAAUGGUUCUCUUUGAUGAUAUGACCCAGUGGGUUUUUCUUUUCACAUAAAGACAAGUAACUGUAUAUGUAGCAUGAUUAUAAUAUUGAUAAUUAGAGGCAGGAAAAUUUUAAUCAGAUAAUUAGAGCUUAAAUAUUUGCAGGCAGUUCCUUUCCCUUUGGGGAAAAAAAAAAAAAAUACACAUUCACUCGUAUUCUUCAGAAAAUUUAGUGGUGCCAUUUUCCAUUGGGUAUUUCCACGUUGAAAUGUUCCAGAGUUUUAGGGCAGUGGAAGGGAAUUUUGGUGGAGUCGGGGAGACCAGGGUGUGGAGAAUGGCAAGGAGAGUAGAAGGCAAGGGACUACUUAAGAACUAAGCAGAAGCAUAAUCUGACCAAAAAUACUCAUGAAAAAGUUUAAGAAUUGAAAUUUAAACUCCUAGAAUAUUAGCUGAGGAAACCAGAAUUAAGAAAUCACUCUCUUGCCAACAGUUACAGACUAACAUUAUUCAGGGGAAGAAAAGCUGCUUACAGUUACUUUUACAUUUCUAAUUCUAAUUUUUUGUUAUUUUCUUCUUAAUUUUGGAAGCCUUACAAAUUGAAACUUUCUCUAACCUUUAUAAAUUAUUUGAGCAUCAUUUAAAUAUUGUGAUCUUAAAAUACAGAGGUUUCCAGACAACCUCUUUACUAUAAACUGAUCCCCAGCCAGCCAUGACUCUCUUUUUCAGUGUUCAAAGCUGAUAAGCGAUUUCUUGAAUUGUCAUGACAUUUUCCUGAUUGAGCCCUAGCGCUUGACUAUUACAGGAGCUCAUGGCGCUGAUUGGUGCUGAUUGGGAUCUGUCACCCUAGAAUCAUAGGUGCUAGCUGGGUCACAUUGGAGCUAGUGUCAGAGAAGGCACCCAAGAGUUUGACCCUUUUUAGCACAAGCCUCAAUGUUUGGAAAGUCGUUAUCAGUACUUCCAAACAGUGUUCCAAAAGAAAAAAAUUUUACUCUCUCUCACCAUUACAGAGUGAAUAGAUUCCUAUCCUAGAGAGCACAGCCUCCAUUAGUAAGGAUAGCUGUGCUUGAGAUGUGGACUUCAUCUUUGAGGGCCACGUGGGAGGUGGGAGAGGUCCAGAGAUGGCAGGGUGACCUGGUGGUUCUGUCCGUGGAGGGGGAUUGGGUUUUGCUGUUUUUGUAUUUAUACUGUAUUAUAGAUACCACACUUUUCCCUAUGACUGUAUAUGUAUUGAUUUUCUUGUUUAUGAUAUUUUCCCAUGCUGAGAUAUGUUUAUAUUCUUUUCAAUGUUAAAUUAAAUUGAUUUGGGUAAUAUUCUUCCCCAAAAAAGUAUUUUCCCCCAUGACUAAAGUUUGUAUCUGAUUACUGAA